UAAUUGACUCAAUUUCAAAGGGGAAUAUUCCACUUUCUUUCCUUGCAAUGUAUCCUUUCUUGUGCUUCGUUUCCAUCACUGAUUCCCUCUCCAAAAAAAAGAGCUUCUCCAUACCUACAAAUUGAUGUGCAUAUCGCCUCUCAAGAGCUUAUAAGUUCACUACUCAAUCCCCUUUGCCUUUUCCACUUUGUCGGCGCGUGAUCACUUUUUUUCUGUUGCUCGAUUUCACUGUUUGUUGAGGAAUUCGGCGCCGCUUCUUGUAUUUAUCCAUAUAUCUUUUGUAUUGUGGUGAAUUAUUCCUUAGAUGGGCUGUUUUCAUUCUACAACACGAAAGCAGUUUCCUGGACAUGAAGAUCCUGUUCUACUUGCUUCCCAAACGGCUUUUAGUGUGAGUGAAGUUGAAGCAUUAUUCGAGCUGUUCAAGAGCAUUAGCAGUUCCGUUAUUGAUGAUGGGCUUAUUAAUAAGGAAGAUCUUCAAUUGGCUUUGUUCAAGAAUAGGAAAAAGGAGAAUAUUUUUGCAAAUCGGAUUUUUGAUCUAUUCGAUGUGAAGCAAAAAGGUGUAAUUGAUUUUGGGGAUUUUGUUAGAUCACUCAAUGUUUUCCAUCCAAAUGCUCCGCAAGAGGAUAAAAUCAAUUUUUCAUUUAAGCUAUAUGAUAUGGACGGAAGUGGAUAUAUUGAACGCCAAGAGGUUAAACAAAUGUUGAUUGCACUUCUUUGUGAGUCAGAUAUGAAGCUGGCUGAUGAAACUAUUGAGAUGAUAUUAGAUAAAACUUUUAUGGAAGCCGACAUUGACCAGGAUGGAAAAAUAGACAAGUCAGAAUGGCACAAUUUUGUGGUUCGAAAUCCUUCAUUGUUGAAGAUCAUGACACUCCCAUAUCUGAGGGAUAUAACUACGACUUUUCCUAGCUUCGUUUUCAACUCAGAGGUUGAUGAAGUUGCCACAUAAAAAAUGAUGCGACUCUACCUGUUUGUGAACCAUUAGUUUAGAGGACGUAUCAAGUUCUAAUUACAGCAGGCAUUGACACUUUGAAGCGAUGUGGCUCUUGAUGGACUAGGUGGAUAAUGCCGCCUUGUGAUUUUUGACGAGGUUGUGACUGCGUGGAACUUAGCACCUUUCUCCCCCCUAGCCCAUGCGCCGCCCCCUUCACAUUUGUAGAUUCCACAGUGUAUUAACAGUGUUUAGUAAUUGAUGUACCUUGCUACCAAGAAGCAUUUCUUGCAUCAAUAAACCUCAAACGUUUCAUGGAUUUAAAUGUUUUUGUCUUGAAAGAAAAACUGUUGACCUUAGACUAGACCUGAGUGUAUCACAAUACAGGCUGUAGAAGGUAGUGGUCUUGUGGUCAGUCUGAAACAAUUUUCUUAUUCAUGAGUUGCUAUGUAUUUAUAUAACUUGCCUUGCCA